UCAUCUUCACUGUUCGUCCUCCAUCGACCUAAUUGUUUUCUUAACCAUGCCUGCAGAAAGUUCUAAGGCCCCUGAUGAUCUUCCUGAUUACCUCCUAGAAGACGACCUUUCUCAGGAAUGCAAAGAGCUCAUUGCCACCUUACCAGCUGAACCGGGUUGGGUUGCGAACCGGCUCCAUCAGUAUCAAGGCUUUUGGCACACCACCAGGCAUAUGCAAGGAGUUCUCAAUUGUCAGAACCAUUUUCAAGCUCAUGAUUCUGAUAUACUCCUUAUUACCUCACCCAAAUCUGGCACUACAUGGCUCAAAGCCCUCACUUUCGCACUCCUCAACCGGAAAACCUAUUACCCGAACCCGAGUCCAGAACCGACACAAACUGAUCAGUCUCAUCCUCUUCUUACUACUAACCCUCAUGUUCUCGUACCCUUCUUGGAGCUCAGCCUGUACCUUCACAAAACCAAGCCUGAUCUGAGCUCGUUCUCGUCACCUAGGCUUUUGUCAAGCCACCUCCCUUAUGUUUCCUUACCGGAUUCUGUGAAGUGGUCAGGGUGUAAGAUAGUGUACCUGUGUAGAAACCCAAAGGAUAUAUUCGUCUCACUCUGGCACUUCACAAACAACUUAAGGCUAGAAGCCAAAGGCUCUAAUUCAAUUGAGGAUUCAUUUGACAGGUUUUGCAGAGGAGUGAGCCUUUAUGGGCCGUUUUGGGAUCACAUGUUGGAGUACCAUAAGGCAAGUUUGGAGAGGCCGGAUAAGAUAAUGUUCUUGAGAUUUGAGGAACUAAAGGCAGAGCCAGUUAGGGUGUUGAAGGACGUAGCUGAGUUUAUUGGGUGUGGUUUUUCCAGAGAGGAAGAGAAUGGUAAUGUUGUGAGUGAUAUUCUAAGAUUAUGUAAUUUUGAGAAUUUAAGCAAUUUAGAAGUGAAUAAGAAUGGGAAGUUGUUUUCUGGAGAAGAGAACAAGACUUUUUUCAGGCGUGGGGAAGUUGGAGAUUGGAAAAAUUAUCUUUCAUCUGAAAUGAUUCAACAACUUGAUAUUAUUACUCAGGAGAAGCUGCAGAAACAUGGCUUGAAGUUUUAGAUUCCACAUGCUGAAGAAGACAACUAAAUUAAGUUCAGGUUAUAGCUUCCAAUUAUUUGUUGUUAAUUACAUUUAGCCAAAAUCCAAUUAAAAUUUCAUCCUUGUACGUUGUUCAAUUAUCAUCAUUAUGUUCUUUUAUAAAUAAUGCAUGUUUUUCUGCUGUUGGGUCUUUCUGAAUUAUGAAGAAAUCUUAGGAAGUGUUGUGGGAUUUGUGAAGGGCAAGAAUGUUCUUGUGAAGCUUUUAUGCCUAUGAUUUGUGAAGUUAUAUA